CACACAAAGAAAACCACGACACGUUCGGAAUUAUUAUGAAGAUCAUAAAAGUAGAUCGUUCGGAAGUCUAGUGUACUACACAUGCGCAUUUAUUUACCGGGAAAUUUUGACAAAACACUGAAACUCCUGAUAACAAAACUUCUCAAAUGUCAUCAAAACGAUUGAAUCUCGUAGUAGCCUCGUGCAAAAACAGAGGUAUAGGUAAAAAUAAUCGACUUCCAUGGCGUUUAAGUGGUGACAUGGCAUUCUUUAAAAGAAUAACAAGUGAUACUAAAGACAAAAGUAAACAAAAUGCAGUAAUUAUGGGAAGAAAGACCUGGCAGUCUAUCCCAGAGAAGUUCAGACCUCUGCCAAACAGAGUGAAUGUAGUGAUUAGCAGAGAAAUGAAGGAGGCCCCUGAAGGUGCCUAUAUAGCAAGGGGACUUGAUGAAGCAAUUGAUGUUGUGACCUCCCCAGCCUUAGCUGAUAAGGUUGAAGGUAUCUUUGUCAUUGGAGGUAGUUCAAUUUACUCACUAGCCCUUGAAUCACCACACUGCCAUAGGAUCUACCAUACAAUGAUUUUACAUGACUUUGAAUGUGACACAUUCCUACCUGAGUUUGAUACUGAAAAGUUCCAGCAAGUUACACAUCCCGAUGUACCAGAGAACAUACAGACAGACAAAAACAAGGACAAAGAUAUCAGUUACAAAUUUGAGGUGUUAGAAAAAAUUUGAUCAUGACCAUAUUAGAUAUAUGGAGCUUGAGCCAUCGCCAUAAAAUGGGUCUGGACCUUAAACCAUGAUGCAAGAUGAACCUUAGGGAGGUUUUUGUAAACUUUAGUUUCACAUGCAUACAUUUUAUUCUACCACUGAUGUAGACUAGUACAAUCCAGUGCAUAGUCCAAGAGAAUUUAAACAUGGUUGACUUUUUAAAGAAUUCUAGCAAAAGACAUCAUCGCACGGUCUGUCUUCACUGUGACGGGAGCCGAGUGAACGAAGA